AUGUCGGUUGCUCUGCAUGCUCUGCACACGCAGCAGUGGGCGGACGACGAGCCCGCACCACCGUCGCCGACACUCACCAACCCCGACAACAUCCUGCCCACCGUGGAUCGCGACUACACGGCACUGUCGGCCCCCCGCGCCGGCUUUGCACGGCGAACACGCCCACCCAGUCCCUCUUACCUGCGCGAGCGGAGCAGGCCUGCCAGUCCGGCGGGUGAGCACGCAGCCAACCGAGACAUGGCCAGGAAAGAACACGAAAAGCCGGGCCUCAUGAGCCGCAAGAUGUUGCUGUUGCGGAGCCGCACAGGCGGGAAUGCCAUCAACAGCAAUCUGCGAGACGCUCGCCGUGCCCGCAACGUCUCCCACGGCUCCAUCGACAGCGACUACACUUCGCCUGUGCUGCAGGACGUGGGCAACCUGGCGCCCGAACAACCGGCGCAGCAAGCCGAGCAGCUGCAGCUGCCCGACAAAGAGAAGCGUCGUAAAAGCGGGAGUUCGUCCGGACUGUCGGGCAUGGCCGAAUUUCUGGCAAAGUACGCAAAGCCAGAGGGAACAGGCAGUGACGACGAAACCGUGGACGAGAAUGCGCCGCAGUUUGAGAGCAGCGAAGUUGAUGCACAACGGCGGAAGCAGGAGAUAGAAGAGUACAAUUCCGCUAUCCUGUCCAAGCGGGCCGAACAGAUUCUGGCCAAUGCGAAGAAACGAUUGAAUGUCAUGGAAGGCAACCUUCGAGGUGCGCGCGACCUCGUGGCUCCGUUGACCACCGCGAAUCUGAAACGUGCGACGUCGUUAGGUUCGGCRCAUGCCCAUUACUUGCAGGGAAGCGCAUCAUAUAACAGCCGCGUCCGCUACAUCCCCCAAGAGCAACAUUACGACCUGUACGACCGCGAUCGCGACGGGGAUCAGGAUCCGACCAUGACCCUUCGAACAUUGCAUUCGCAAACGUCGACUCCUGCGCUGGGAAGACAGUAUCAGCAUACACGCAAUUUCAGUACGGUCAAUCUACCCGAAAGACCAUUUACUUCACUGGAUCAGCGUCGCUCUGGGAGCGGUCUGCAGUCACGGAGCAGGACACCGUCUCGAACAAGAUUUACCGAGUCUCCCACACAGACAUCAAGACUGCGAGGAAGUAGAAGUUCAGAUUCCCUAAAGCUGGGUAGCCACGAGCGUCCCUUGCAUAACAGAGUGUCACCUGACGCGAACCACCUGGAGGCACUGCCCGAGGGCGACGACGAAUCGACUUGGAGAGAUACUGCGAGGCAAAGAUAUCACCAUCAAACUUCAGGUAGCCAAGAUACGAAUAAUGGUCUGGGCAUUCACCGUCCGGCAUCUCGAUCUGAUUCAAGGACUUCGGACUUGCGUGAGCAAAUGUCAAGUUUGAAGGGCAGAAUAUCAACUCUCAAGGAUCGCGCGCGUGAAGACAGUCUAAGGAGGCAGAGCCAAGCGAGUCUUCGUGCCACUCAGACGACACCAUUCAACAACGCCGAAAGCGCCGCGCCUGAGCUUUUCUACAGCCCCGGAGUGAACGACGCACGUKAGCUCAAGACACCCGAAGUUCAAGAUGGUGGCACCGCCGAUUCUUGGGCUGUGUCUGGAAGCCGCAAUGCCUUUGCUGAGCAAGCUGGAGGCACAAAGAAAGAUCGCAUCCAUAAAGAUCGCAUCCAAUAUGGCAAAGCUGUCGAGGUAGUCACGGGUUCGAAUCCCGAAAGAAAAGCAAGGGUGCGGAACAUUCGGAUAAACAAUUCUCCAAAUCAGGAGAAUGGGCACAAGCGCAGUGAGACGGCAGAUGAGACAAGCCAUCGGCGGACGUCAAGUGCGUCGGCGAUGCGAAAAUCAGCUGAGAAGAGACAUUCUUAUCAUCAGCCCAAUUCAUCCAAGACUGCAAUGCCUGGCACCUGCUUGGACGACAGGGGAGUAGAAGAUAUGCUCGCAGGGCCGCCGUCCCCUCCUUUGUCGGAUGAUGGGUUUGGAUCCUCUCCUGUGCUUCCACGCUCAUCACAGAAUUACAUUGUGAAAACAGACUCGAGUAUAGACGAUGACUACGCGCCUUCUGAAUCUGAUGCCGGGGACAGCGUUUAUGAAGAUGCUGUGGAAUAUGAAGGAGAGGGUGUGGUCCCACACGAGCAUCGAGAGGACGCUUUCGAUUACGAGAAUUUCUUCCUCAGCGGUGCUAUGGCUCGGUAUAACGUGAAGAGGAGACCCUCGGAGUCCAGUGCCGGAAGCAUGUCAAGCACGGCAACCGCUAGAGGACCUGCCGCCGCCAAGAUGGACGAAAGCGACAACGACAACGACAAUGACGUGGAUGGGUAUGUGUCCGACCCUGGCGUAGGUGGGAUAUUCCCACCGGAUACGCCGCAGACCCCGGAGAGGUUGAGAGCUAUUGAGCGGACACUCGCCGAAAGGCAACUGGCGGCAAGACCACUGAGCGAGGAGAGUGUCAGCACCAUGCACUCUUUUUCAACCGCGAAAGAAGGCAGUGAUUCCCCGGGUAAAGCAAGUCACCUGAAUGGUGCUUAUUCCCGUCCUGUGUCGCCAAUCUCAGUGUCGUUGGGUCGAAUCUCCACCCUUUUGAACCUCCCCGAUCGAGCUAUCAGUCCAAUGAGCGAUGCCGGGCGAGAUGCGUUCAGAGGCCCUACCGAAGGAGGGCGGAACAGCAAACAUGCUGGGGCCAAUGAGUCGCAUUCUCUCUGGACGAACCGCACGGAGUCGCUAACUCUUGAUACCAAUCCUAGGCCGAGGACUGCAGUGAGGCUGCGACGUUCUAGCAGCUCAGACCGUGCAGACUCUGGAAUUGGCAGCGAGACCAAAUCCACUCCUAACAAACCUUCACCGUCUCCCCUCACUCAUCGGCAUGGCCAGCCAUCGAGAGACCUGACGUCUGUCGCUGUCAAUACACUUCUGGAUCCCACAGGAGUUGCCCUUGGGCUUCGCGAAAACGCGGUCCUCUUUGGCGUUGUAGAGAGCCUCAGGCAUGUUGUCCGAGAGAUGCAGCGAAAAGAGGAGGAAGGUGAUGAGAAGGAUGGUAUGAGUAGGGAGAUGAGGAUGCUGAUGAUGAGGCGAAGGCUGGAACGCGCUCGAGGCGCGCUCGACGGAGGCUUUGGUGGCGCAUGA